CAUUUUGUCUUCUUGUGUUUGAAGAAGGAACCGGAAAUAGCCGGCAAUGCUUCUAAUAAAAAUAGUUGCUUCGGCGGUUUUCAGCCAUAAGUGUUUACAAGAACGUUGCGUUCACGUGUGAAAGCGUGUGUCCUGUUGUCUGCGAAUUUUCCUAGCGAUCAAAUCAAAAUGGGCGAACCCACUGUUGAAGACGGAUCCUCUAAGAAAGUGAAGCUUGAACAGAGCGAGUCUGAAGGACCUGAGGCUAAGAAGGUGAAGGUUGAGAAUGAAACAGAAAAUGAGAAUGGAGUAGAAGUGAAGACAGAGGAAGGUGUGGAAGCCAAGAAAGAAAAUGGUGCCAAGGUUGAUAUUCAGACUGCCGAAGAGAAGGGUGAACCUGGACUUGAUUUCACAAUUGCCAACCAGAUUGAGUACUAUUUUGGUAACAUUAAUUUGCCCAAAGACAAGUUUUUGCAAGAACAAAUCAAACUUGAAGAAGGGUGGGUGCCUUUGGACGUGAUGCUUCGGUUUCAACGACUCGCUCAGCUUUCCAAGAAAGCUGAUACUAUUGCUGCAGCUUUGAGGAAAUGCAGUACACUGAUGGAAGUCAAUGAAGAUGGCACCAAAAUUAGAAGGUCUCCAAACAAACCAUUGCCUGAGAUGAAUGAAGAGUGGCAAAAGCGUCUAAAUGAGCGCACCGUAUAUUGCAAAGGUUUCCCUCAGUCAUUGACAAGCAUUGGGGAUUACCUUGAUUUCUUCAAACCAUUUGGUCCAGUGGAACAUAUCAAUUUGCGGAAGUAUGUGGAUAGAUCAACUAAGAAGCUGAUGUUCAAAGGCACUGCUUACAUCUUGUUCGAGACCAAAGAGGCAGCUGAUAAUUUCCUUGCAUUGGAUGGUGUGAAGUUCCAAGGAACUGAACUAAUCACAAUGACCCAUGCUGCUCAUUCUGAAGAAAAGAAAAAGGAGAAGGAUGAAAGAUGGGGCAAGAAAGUUAAGAAAGACAACAAUGCCACAGAGGACAAGGACAAGGACAAGAACAAAGGCAAAGGGAAAGAACUUAACAAAGGAUGCAUUGUGAAAAUUAGUGAUAUUAAGGAUGAAGAACUUAGUAGAGAUGUCAUUAAGUCAACACUUACUGGAUUAGGGGCUGCUGUUGCUUUUGUCCAGUAUAAUACUGGUGAUAAAGAGGCCCUUGUCAGAUUAAUGAGUAAAGAGGAUGGUGCUGCCACUGAGUUCUUGAAGAAGUUGACAGAAAGUGGAGAAAAGGUCAAGUUUGGGGAAGAAGAAAUGGCUGUAUCAGUUGUUGAAGGGGAAGAGGAGGAGGCCUUCUUGCAGAGGAGUCGAGAAUCUUUUGACAAGUCUUCGAAAUUCCAUAAUAAAAAGGGCCAUAAACAUCACAAAGGAGGACACAACAAAUUCAGAGGCCACAAGCGAGGAAGAAGUCCAGCCAGAGAUGGGCCUCCUGCAAAGAAAGAAGCUACCUCAUAAGAUAUCUGUUAAUUUGUUACCAUCCAUUUUGACCAGUGUGCAAUCAUAUACCACUUCAUGUUGUUUGACUUAAGUUAUCUUUCACUAUUUGACUAUAAAUAUGUAUGACUUACUCAAUAAUUACAAACUAUAAAUUAAAACCAUUCUUGUCAUUACAA